CGUACUGCGUGUGAUAAAAUCGCACGCAUGCGCAUUGCGGGUUAAAUACCUACUUGCUUAGCAUUAAGGGUUGGAUAUGGUUAUGCGAAAAAAUCUUCGAGCGUAGUGUAUUUAGAUAUUAACAUAAAAUUUUAUUUAAUUAUGUAGGUAUAAGGUUAACUUUAAAAGUCUUACCGAAAACGGUUAAGGUUAAAACAUGUAACUAGCUUGUUAGCUUAGCAGCAGAGACACAGCUAUGUAGAAAGAAGAAAAAAGAAGCUCAGCGCUGUCAAGAGCUCCAGCUGAUUCAGCAGGUUUUAAUUUUCGUGAGCAACAGAUUUUAAACAGCUUCUUUAAUUAACAAACAUCUCAUUGUUUACAGGACCAUCAUACUGAGAAUGAAUUAGGGUCACAUGGCAUCAGAAGAAAUGGAGGGCAUGUGCCCUCUGCCAGAGAUGACCACCAUCAAGGUGGAGCCUGCCGUGACUAUCGGUACAGCGGAGGAUGCCGGCUCCCAAAAUGUGGCCAUGGGCCCCAAAUUCAUCUUGCCAAACCGUUUUGAUAUGAAUGUGUGCUCACGCUUUGUGAAGUCCCUGAACGAGGAAGACAGCAAGAACAUCCAAGACCAGGUCAACUCUGACCUGGAGGUAGCGUCAGUCUUGUUUAAAGAAUGCAACAUUCAGACCUCUCCGUCUCCUGGGAUCCAGGUUAGACAUGUAUACACACCUUCCACCACCAAGCACUUCUCACCGAUCAAGCAGUCGACCACGCUUACUAAUAAGCACCGUGGCAACGAGGUCUCCUCCACUCCGCUGCUUGUUCACUCUCUGUCGAUUCACCAGCUUGCAGCACAAGGAGAAAUGAUAUACUUAGCCAGUCGAAUAGAACAAGAGGCAGCAAUAAACCUGCAGGAUGAAGAGGGAUUCACACCGCUAAUGUGGGCUGCAGCUCAUGGUCAGAUUGCUGUGGUCGAGUUUCUACUUCAGAGUGGUGCUGACCCCCACAUUUUGGCUAAAGGAAGAGAAAGCGCAUUGUCGUUGGCCUGCAGUAAAGGCUACACAGAUAUUGUCAGAAUGCUCAUUGACUGUGGUGUUAAUGUCAAUGAAUAUGACUGGAAUGGAGGCGCUCCUAUACUUUAUGCGGUGCACGGGAACCAUGUCCGUUGUGUGGAACUACUUUUAGAGAACGGAGCUGACCCGACCAUGGAAUCUGACUCGGGCUUUAAUGCUAUGGACAUGGCAGUAGCAAUGGGUCAUAGACAUGUUCAACAGGUGAUGGAAGCACAUCUACUGAAGCUGCUGCAAGGAAUCAAAGAGUGACCACACCUACAGUAGUAAAGAGAAACUGGAGGCACAAAAAGAAGACUGGUGAUUACUGUGGAGAUGAGUUAAAGAAAAUCAAUGAAUUUUUGUGCAUGUUUACAUUAGUUGCUAAUAUAAUUCUCAAUUUCUGUUUUUUUAAAGCAACUUUUUAAUGUGUGAUGUUUUAUGUACUGUGGAUAUUUAUUUAGUUACAUGGUCUUGUAAAAUUGCAGUGUGUGAUGUGUGUACAGUUUUUCUAUAAAUAACUGUUCUACAAUAAAACUGGACAGACAAAAUUA